AUGACGUUCAUGGAUCGAUUGCUGCAUGGACCUGAACGACAGCGACACGUCGCGCCGACCGAUAACCGUCGACGAGCGCAGUUGCUGCUGUCGUAUCUGCCAGGUCAGUUCAAUGUCUCUCAGGCUGCGGGUGCCAAGAGGAUGAGAGGAUGAGCUCCGGUGAACGGGUGGGCUAUGCGAUCCCACGUCCCAGCACUGCGACAAAUGGGACAACUUCCCUGAAAGUCUACUUGUCGAUGGAAGCCAUGUCGUCAUCAAUCGGGUGUCCAGACCCCGCCAACUCGCGACGAGCUCGUUGAAACGGAUGCCCUGGCGAGCGGCGAUCCAAAUCGCCGGGGCGAGCCCACCAUAGCGCCUAUCCCUUUCGUCUCCGUACCGUGACGCCGGACUAACGUCCGCGCAAGCUCGUGUACCUCAACUGCGUGCGCUCCAUAGAUUGGCUUCUCACCGUCAUUGUGCUCGUGCUUAUCGCUGUUUUGACCGAACACUCGGGUAUGUCCGAUUCAGUGCUUCGGCGAUGCUCGGACCCGCAAACUUACCAAAGACUCCGCAGGUUACAAGCGCGAAUUCUCCUUGACGGACACGUCGAUCCAACACACUUUUGCGGUCAAGGAGAGGAUAUCGUUUGGGCUCGACGUGAGUGCUGAGAUCAGCUUAAUGUGAGAGGCUCAGUUUUUUGAGGCAACACCUCUGACAUUUCUCGUCCCAUCCUAUAGAUCGGACUUGCAGCCGGUGUCCCAGCGGUGAUCAUCAUUUUCGUCGGCCUCAUCUGGAACCGUUCCUUCUGGGACGUCCACGCCGGUCUGCUCGGUCUCUUCCUGAGCUGCUCCAUCACGACCGUCAUCACCCAAGUGAUCAAGAUCUGUGUCGGUCGACCCCGUCCGGACAUGUUGUCCCGUUGUCUACCCAUCGCCGGAGCUGCAAAUGCCGAACCUUUCGGUCUUGCGACGAUCGCCGUUUGCACGGUCCAAACAGGCCACAUCAUCGACGACGGGUUCAAAUCGUUCCCUUCCGGACACUCCUCCUUCGCGUUCGCCGGACUAGGUUUUCUCUCCUUCUACAUGGCCGGCAAGAUGCAUCUCUACGACACGCGUGGGCACGCGAUCAAAGCUUGGAUCUGUAUCGCGCCUUGGACGGGAGCCGGUCUGAUCGCGAUAUCCCGUACGAUGGAUUAUCGUCAUCAUGCGACGGACGUGAUCGCGGGUUCUUUAUUGGGUACCGCGAUCACGGUGUUGACGUACCAUUUGUACUAUCCUUCCAUCUUGAACCCUUCGUGCGACUUGCCUUAUUCGCCGAGGAUUCCGAGGACCCUGUUGGCGAGCAGUACGAAUCGAGUUGGGAAUGGGAAUGGGAAUGGAGGGAUCGAGGAUGAUCAAAGUCCCUGCGGGAAUGACACCGAGACCGGUGGCGAACAAUGGUAA